GUACUGCCAUAAAAACGCCACCAAUCUUCUCUCUGCAUUGCAUUCAGUCUAAGAGAGAAACACAAAGACAAACACUUAGUGAAGAAGAAGAAGAAGAAGAAGAAGAGAAGAAAAUAAAGAGCUCAUGGCCUCACUGGAUUCUCCAAAUCCAUCUUUCGCCAUUAGAGAUCAUGACACAACUCACAGCAAGUUCUUAAGAAGCCUCUCCUCAAAAGAGCAACCUUCCUUCUCUAGAUUCUCAUUCACACCCCCUCGUUUCACCUCUCCAAGUCUCCACACUUCACCUGUCUCCUCCCCUCUCCAUUCUUUCCACCCUGCGGCCGGCGGGGCCGCGAGCCUGGAAGCCACCUACCGUUGCUUGUCUUCCAUCCUGAAGAAAGAUGGGCAGAUGCUGUCAGUUGCUGUGGCAAAUGGGUUCAUUUACACAGGUUCUGAAAGCAAUUUGAUCAGGAUUUGGAAGGUGCCUGAGUUCACAGAAUGUGGGCAGCUCAAGACUAAAGCAUGCAUGGUUGUUGCCCUAGAAGUGAGCCAUGAUAGAGUUUAUGCUGCUUAUGGCGAUGGCAAGAUUAGGGUUUGGCGUCGAACUUGGGAUAAAGGAUUGAAACAUGUUCGACUAGCUACAGUUCCCAAGUCUACAGGCUCUGUACGAAGCUACAUAACUGGAAGAGAUAAAACGGUGAAGCAUAUGGGACCAAUAUCAUCGCUAGCAAUCAAUGUUUCUGAUGAUAUUCUAUACUCGGCUUCCCUUGAUAAAACAGUAAAAGUAUGGCGGAUAAGAGACUUCAAAUGCAUAGAAACCAUCCAGGCACAUCCUGAGCCAGUCAAUGCCAUAAUUGUCACUGAUGACGGAGUACUUUACACCGCCUCUGAUGACGCCACGAUCAGAGUCUGGCGUCGAUACUUUUACAGCGAAAACCACUUGCAUACUCUCAUUCUAACCCUACCUGCAAAAUGUUCCCCUGUAAAAACCCUAACCCUUGUCCCAGACGAUGGCAUACUCUAUGGUGGCUGCACUGAUGGCUAUAUACAUUACUGGCACAAGGGCUGGUUCUCAGGUCAACUACAAUAUUCUGGGGCCCUCCAGGGCCACACUCAUGCAGUAAUGUGCAUUGCAAGUGUGGAAAAUUAUGUGAUUAGCGGCUCAGCUGACUCAACGUGUAGGGUUUGGUCUAGAGAACAAGAUGGCAGACAUAUAAUGCUAGCAGUUCUCGUGGGUCACAGAGGACCGGUUCGAUGUGUUACAGCGUUUAUGGGGCAUUUAGGGGAAGAAGGUGAAGAUGAUUGCACAAUUUGCACUGGGAGUCUUGAUGGGGUUCUGAAAAUGUGGCGCGUAACUCGAAAGAAAAAUGCUAGUGGUAAUUGUUUGAAUCAAAGUGGUCAUGGAUAUUUUGAGUUGCAAGACUAG